AUGGCGAUACCUGUAGUCAGCCCAGAAUCGACCGCAGCCAUUGCAGACCUAAUCAGGUUGCGAGAGCAAUUCGUCAAAGAGAGGCUUAUCUUCGUGGAAAGCACUCGAAUGAUCCCGAUUCUUAAGCUGCUUGGGGCAACUGAUGAAGAUAUGGAGAAGAUUAAAACCGUCAGCAACAGCUUACCUGACGACCCUACCUUACCCUUCCGGAAAAGCAAGAACGCCCGAUUCUGCUUUGAUUUUGAACAAUCCAAGGUCCGCCGCCUCGAAUUUCAGCCUUUCAUCCUCUCGGCUGACGAGGAUUUCGUCAGGCAUGACUCCGGCCAGCGCCCAAAGUUGAAUUACGAAACAGAGAAAUUCGUGUGCACCCUGUUCAACCUGCGGACCGUCACUAGUCCAGACAUACUCGGCGAACCAGCUCUUGAAGGGGUGCAUAGCGAUGGCGUGGACUUCACCAUGACAACCUUUUUGGGGAGCGAAAACAUGUCUAGCGAUAGCGCAACAACUUUUGUGCACGAUAUGCGCGCAAAGAACGCUUUGCGCUGGAACGAAGUCAACCCCGAGCACACCUUGGGCAGCCAUCAGCAUCGCGAGUUCUUAGACACCCUCUUGUUUGUCGACCACGAACGAAAGCACAGCCUCUCGCCAGUCCAUGCUGUCGACCCGAGCUGUCCAGCUACCAGGGAUAUGCUCAUCUUCUUCACUCGAAAGCCAGUGGUUGAGGGUCAUCCAUCACAUCCUUUUGAUUCGUUGAACUCCCAUAUUUCUCUUCCCAUGGAAGUUGGUUUAGCUUAA